AUGGGGAAUGUGUCGCCCACCCCACACCAGCUGCUUGUUGAAGCAAUUGUUUUUUGGAGUAUCGGCGUUAUAAUAUAUGGCGGAAGAAUGAUUUCCCGAACCAUUGCAAAUGGGUCAAUAAAACGUCUGCUGUGGGAUGACUAUGUAAUGACAGCAACCUUUAUGAUUUACACCACCCUCCUGGUCUUGAUUCAAAUAUCCUCGCGCUAUGCAACCAAUCUCAUGGAUCCGAAGGAUUAUGACCAAGUUUUAUCAGAUCCUCAAGAAGUCCGUGAUCGAAUCUACGGAAGCAAAAUUGUCAUCGGACUGGAGCAGUGUAUGCUUUUUUCAACAUGGGGAGUCAAGACUUGCAUGUUGAUCUUCUAUUGGAGGCUUACCCAAAGCUUACGCUCCAACCUCUAUAUCAAGAUUCUGACAAUAUACGUGGCCCUGGGGUUUGUGGUGAUCAUGGUCUGCUACUAUGCUGUUUAUUGUCGGCCCUUCUCCCAGUACUGGGCUAUGCCUGUACAGAAUAUGCAAUGCGCCACUUACCAGCAUUAUUCGAUCACUCAGGCCGUUUUCAACAUCUCAUCCGACGCUGUGAUGUUCGCCAUCCCAAUCCCUCUACUUAUCAGAGCUCAACUCAAGAAACACCGCAAAGUUCUUCUCCUCGGUGUGAUGAGCUUAGGUCUUUUUACAAUCAUUGCUGCUAUUCUCAACAAAUACUUCAAUUUCGCGUCCCCUCUCACCACAACCUACCAAAUAUGGUACAUUCGUGAAGCCAGUACCGCUAUCUAUGUUGCGAACCUGAUGUGCUGGUGGCCAUUGCUACGGAAGAUAUUCGGACUCAAGACAUUCUCUUAUAACAGCAACCGAGGCCAGCGAGGAAGAGGCCCCAGCAACCAGAACAAAGAUAGCAACGGCUCCUCACAGUCCGGGUCCCGCCCGUCUUUCUCCCUUCCCCGCGCUCUGAACUUUGUCCGCCCAAUUUUCAAGAAGUCAGACUCGAAAAAUCAUCAUUCUGCGCAGGGUGGUAUGCAUCGCUCCAGUCAGGAAGCUAUUACCAACGCAUCCAACGAUUUCAUGGACGAUUUGCAUCGAGUAGACGCCCAUCCACUUGAGCAGUGGAACAAGAAUGAUGAUCAUUUCGGGGAUAUCGAGGAUCCCAGGCCGACAAGCCCAGAGUCAAUGACCAUAUAUGAGAAUGCACAGCAUAAGCUGUCGCAGCACGAAGAGGGCGUCAAACCUAGUUGA